AUGAGUGAACAACGGCAACGGGCCCUGUCCACAUCAGGCGAGGCUCUGUAUGAACUGCUUGGCCUUGACAAGAACUGCACCCACGAUGACAUCAAGAAAGCCUACAGAAAACUUGCCUUGAAAUAUCAUCCUGACAAAAACCCAGAAAACCCUGAGGCAGCAGACAAAUUCAAGGAGCUUAACAAUGCACAUGCAGUGCUGUCUGAUGUCACAAAGAGGAACAUUUACGACAAGUAUGGCUCUCUGGGUCUCUAUGUGGCCCAGCAGUUUGGAGAGGACAAUGUGAACACAUACUUCAUGCUCUCCAGUUGGUGGGCCAAGGGUCUAUUUGGCAUCUGUGGCUUGCUGACAGGCUGCUAUUUCUGCUGCUGUCUGUGCUGCUGUUGCAACUGCUGCUGUGGCAAGUUUAAGCCCCACCCCCCAGGGGAGGAGGACACCGAGUGUUACAUGUCUCCCGAGGACCUGGAGGAGCAAAUCCGCACAGACAUGGAGGGGGAUGGUGACACUCCUAUUAUGCAUCAGCCAGUCAAUGCGAGUGAGAAGACCCAGUUGAUUGGGGAUGGACACCGGACAUACACCUGA